GCUAAAUGUCACAGACAAUAAAAAAAACUAGGCGGACAUAGACAAACGAAUAGACGCGCGCGUGUAUAUUUUCGCUAUUUUGCUGGUUUUUAUCGUGUAUUUCUAACUAAAUUAACUAAAAAUCAUAUAGAAUGGCGACUACAUCUAAGCCACGCUCUGAGAUGACUUUGGAAGAAAUUGCGAAGAUUGAGGAGGAAGAGUUCAGUACUGGUCCUCUGUCGGUCCUCACACAGUCUGUGAAAAACAAUACCCAAGUGCUGAUUAACUGCAGAAACAAUAAGAAACUACUAGGCCGUAUCAAGGCAUUCGACCGGCAUUGCAACAUGGUUCUUGAAAACGUAAAAGAAAUGUGGACUGAAGUACCCCGGACGGGAAAAGGAAAGAAGGGUAAGGCCGUCAACAAAGACAAAUUCAUCUCUAAAAUGUUCCUGCGUGGCGAUUCAGUGAUUCUAGUUCUAAGGAAUCCUCUUGCCACCGCAGCUGGCAAGUAAAUUAUAAGUUAGAUAUAAUUAGCAUUAAAGAAUCCAUACACAUUAAACUGUUUAUAAAAAUAACAUACAUUUGUGUUUUUGGAAUAUAUUUAUGUUCCUUUUAAGUUGUCCUGCCUGUCUUAUAAAUAAGUAUUACAUCCUGUUUCAAUUAAGAAUUCAUAAUAAACUGAACUUCAUUCCA